UCUCGUUGCGGCCAGACGUCGCUUCUCUUAUCAGCAGAGUCUAUUCGGUGUAUUUUCUUUUGCGACCCGCGCGGUCAAUCUUCUACUGAUCUUCUCACAUUAUUUCGCGAGUGCAGUAAAGCUUUAGCUCUCUAAUCGAAAGCUUAAAUCGUCCGACAAUGGGGCCCCCUCGGCCCCCUAAUUUGAAGGGCAAUCAGUUUGCGUUGCUUUCUGAAAGCCCCCAGUGAAAAAAAAGAGACAAAAUCAAAAAAUCGACAUGACAUUUCCCGAACUUCCAACAAUAACACUUGAAAACCCUAAGUACAUUGUUAUGGCAUCCAAAAACGUUGAGAAAAAAAUCUCUGAUUUCUCCUGUAUUGCCGUUUACAACGCACUGCGUCUAAUUUCAAAAAACAUCACUUCCAUCUCUAACUUGCGCGACGGCAACCUGCUGAUGCUAGUUAAAAAUCAAAGCGAGGCUGACAAGUUCAUCAACUCACCUACUUUACCUGGCAUUUGCAACAUCACAUGUAAGAUGCAUGAAACUCUUAACCAAGUGAAAGGCACAAUAUACGCCCCCUAUCUCUCCGAUAUCUCCAACGAAGAAAUUAUUAUAAUUGAAGAGCUGCGAUCCCAAAAAGUCAGUGAUAUUUUCGAGUUCACCAAAACCAUCGACAAUGCUACCAAACCCUCUGGAGUAAUUCUGGUCACUUUUGAUCCUUACCACCUUCCCAGCAAAAUCGAUAUUGCAUGGCAUUCAGUAAAGGUACGGGAGUAUAUUCCGAACCCAAUGAGGUGCAAAUCUUGCCAGCUGCUUGGCCACACAGCCAAGCACUGCAAAAAUGAACCUCGUUGUGGUAAUUGCGCUUUACCUCCUCAUUCGCCUGACAACUGCUCACAAACGAAAUGCGUUAAUUGCUGA